AUUGACGGCUACCGCAUAGGCCUCUUCUCUGGAUUUGAAUUUUUCGAAAAUGAGAUUCAAAUUUUCUAUUUUUUUAUUGUGCUGUCUUUGUGCGGACGUUAGGAGUAUCCCAAAGGAACUUUUGUAUCAAUUUGACGUUAGUACUGCCAAAUUAUUACCAGCCGAAGACGAUGUUUCGACCGACGAGAUUCAAUUGCAAGUUCCUAUUGCAUUUUACGGAUCUACCUAUAAAAGUAUUUAUGUAAAUUCCAACGGUUUCCUCUCCUUCCAAACCGAAAUUCCCCAUUUCAUCAACAUAGAAUUUCCCCUAGACUACCCCAUUAUAGCGCCGUUUUAUUCAAACGUUGAUACAAGAGAAGUUGGAACCAUUUCCUACCAUGAAACUCAAGACCCGUCCAUGCUGGAACGAGCAACUGAAAAUGUGCACGAAAAUUUCAUCGAUUCCGCCGAAUUCCAGGCUACAAGUUUAUUCAUUGUCACUUGGCACGACGUUGGAUAUUUCGAUAGAAAAGCGGACAAAGUGAAUACCUUCCAAGUAGUUUUGAUAACCGACGGACAAGAGAGCUACGCUGAACUUUUGUAUCCAGAAAAUGGUAUUCAAUGGAUUCAGGGCACAGGCGAUCAGUCUGGUCUUCCAGACGCACGUGCUCAAGUCGGGUUUCUUUCAACUGAUGGCAAAAUGCACACGUUGCCUGGAAGUGCUACUGAACAAAUACGACAAUUGGAUAAAUGGUCCAACAUGAAUCUGGUUGGCCAAUUCAUCUUUAAAAUAAGUGAAAAUUCUAUCAUCCAACCUGACUCGGCAAGAAGAGCUCCAAAUCCAGCCUAUCCAUUAACCUGCGCUGAGGUGCCGACAGCUUGCCACAGCCAAGCAGACUGUAUCGAUUAUCAAGAAGGAUUUUGCUGCAGAUGUAAGAACACUUUUAUUGGAAAUGGUAAAUAUUGCAUUAAAGAGGGAGUACCUUUGAGAGCCAACGGAAAAGUGAAUGGAAAAUUGAACGGCGAAAGAUUGGAAAAUUUGGACUUGCAGUCUUACAUUGUAACUGCUGAUGGUAGGGCUUACACCGCCAUUUCCAAAGUACCGGAAUCUAUUGGUGCUGACAUUCAGACUUUGCAAGUUUUGGGUAGCGUUAUUGGGUACUUGUUCGCUAAACCUGUUAGAGGUGCCAUUAACGGAUUUGAAAAAACUGGUGGUCUUCUCAAUCAUACUUCAACAAUAACUUUCCUAAACUCCAGCCAAGUUGUUCACGUCAAUCAAAAGUUUUUGGGCUUGGACGUUUACGAUUAUUUAAAAGUAGAAAUCGAUAUUCAAGGCGAAAUUCCCACUCUACCUCCAAACGCCCAAAUUAUUAUAGACGAAUAUCAAGAACAAUAUACUCAAACGUCCAAAGGCCUCAUACAAAUGUCAGCUGAUAGAGCUUACAUUUACACUAGCCAAGAUGCACAAGAAAUCACCAAUGUAUUUAGAAUAGAGCAAACAUUGGAAUUUGGCUCUUGUGCUUACAUAAAUGAUACUGUAGGCGAAAGCUGGACUUUGAAAGUAGGCCGAAACUUUAUUAGCUAUGAAAGUAGAGAACAAAUCAUCAGGUUUGGAUUAAGCAAUAAAAUUACACCAAUUGGAGAUUAUGAUCCGUGCAUCGAAGGUAGACAAAGUUGUGGUCCCAAUAGUGCUUGCGUUGUAGACGGUAACUCGUUUCAAUGCGUCUGCAAUCCAGGCUAUCAAAGAAUCUUCUCAGGCAAUGAUCCAACUUGUGUAGAUGAAAACGAGUGCCAAAGCAACCAUGAAUGUGACCCAAAUGCACAAUGCUUCAACACCAUUGGUAGCUACCAAUGUAGCUGCAACCCGGGCUUUGAUGGUGACGGUAAACGGUGCAUUCCGGCAAAUUCCUGCAUCAAUAUAACCUGUACAGAAAAUGCUGAGUGCGUUCAGAACGGUGCUCAAGCAGCUUGCAGGUGCUUAGCCGGAUUUAGGGGCGACGGUUACAUUUGCCAAGCGAUCCAAAGCCAGGGAUGUGACGUAAGCAAUAAUUGUUCGCCUUAUGGCAUUUGCAGCAUCGAUCCAAGAACUGGUCAGUUCGGCUGCUCGUGCCAUCCAGGUUUUGUUGGGGAUGGUUACUAUUGCGUUCAGGAUGAAUCCACUACUGUGACUGAACCAAUCGAAACAGCAACUGUAUUGAACAAUGAAUGGGUGGAACCAAAGUGCCAAGAAGAUGGAACCUGUUUGUGUCCCGAAGGUUAUGAAUUUGGAACUGGAACCAGAUACUGUAGACAAAAAACUGCUCCAACGCCAGCACAACCCGAUGACUGCAGAACGUUGAACAACUGCGACUACAAUGCACGUUGCCUAUUCAACGAAAUCCUACAAGGCUAUCUUUGCCUGUGCAAUGAAGGAUUUGACGGCGACGGAUUUACUUGCCAUCAAGAACCGCCAUCGUGCGCGGAAGUGGACAACUGCGAUCGGCACGCAACUUGCACUUACAUCGAAUCUGAUGGGAAAUCUAAGUGUUUAUGUAAUCCAGAGUUUGAAGGCGAUGGUUACAGCUGUGCGCCAAUAGCUUCAUGCAAUUCUGACAGCGAUUGCACCCAUACUGAAGAUUGUUUAUAUCAAAAUGGUAGAUACGAAUGUGUUUGCAAGGAUAGACACGUAAGAGAUUCGCAGCAUAUUUGCGUACCAAUAGGUGGUACUUGUGGGGGCGGCACUUGCGUAGAAAACGCUGAAUGCGUUUUCGACGAAGACUAUCAAACUAAUUAUUGCACCUGUAAGCCUGGAUUCAUAGGAGAUGGUAUAACUGAGUGUAGAGACAAACCUGUAGGCUGCGAUACGCUCAACAAUUGCGCAUUGCACGCUACGUGUCAAUACAGCGAAGAAGAAUUCACUUACGUUUGUAGAUGUAAUCCAGGGUUCUAUGGAGACGGUCACGCGUGUGAAGUUGAAAUAAAUUGCCUCGUGGAUCGUUCCAUGUGCGAUUCGAAUGCUCAAUGUGUAACAGAUUCUUCUAGAAAAUACAUGUGUCAAUGCAACCAAGGUUUCGUUGGAAAUGGUUCAGUCUGCAAAGAAAUCGCAAGAAGUGAAGGCAACUUUUUGUUGCUCAAUCAAGGUUGGGCUACUCACAAAAUUCCCAUGGAAGCCAACAAGAGGAAUCCAGGAAGGCCGAUCCAAAUAAAAACGUAUCAAACCGCAGUAGGAUUGGACAUUGACUGUUUGGAAGGACGUGUUUAUUGGAGUGACAUUAGUUUGCAUGCUAUUAGGACGUCUUUGUAUAAUGGCAGCGAUAAUAGUGACUUUAUGACUUUGAAUGUUAACGCUCCGGAAGGAUUAGCUGUUGAUUGGGUUUCAAGAAAUAUUUACUGGACCGAUUCCAUUUCGGAUACUGUGGAAGUUGCUAAUUUGGAUUCCAAGAGGAGACGAACGCUGAUUAGUAAUAAUUUGGUUAAUCCUAGAGGAAUUGCUGUCCAUCCACAAAGAGGAAAAAUCUUCUGGUCCGAUUGGGACAGAACCCAUCCCAAAAUCGAAUGGGCAAACGCUGAUGGUACUGACAGAAGAGUAUUUUUAGAAGGUCCAGCAGUAUCCUUGCCAAAUUCUUUAGCAAUCGAUUAUGACACUGAAGAACUUUGCUAUUCAGACGCAGGAACCAAAAAGAUAGAGUGCGUUCAAAUUGAUACGAGACGCGUGCAAACCAUUGCAGUUAAUUGCACUUAUCCAUUUGGUAUCGCAAUUACCGAUAAAAUGGUUUAUUGGUCCGAUUGGAUAUCUAAAAAAAUCGAGCGAGUAGAUAAGCACAGCUUAAACCGUUUGCCGCCCUUGAAUGUACCAGCUGGUGGUUCUGGUAACAAGCUAUUCGGCUUGGCAGCAGUACCGAAUAGUUGUCCAGCUUUGGCUAACAUUUGUCAGUACACCAGGUGUCCUGAAGAGCAUAUUUGUCUUCCCGAUGGUAAAGGCAGCAAAAGUUGUCUUUGUGCCAGAAAAUCAGAUGUCAAUGAGGAACCUUCGUGUGUUAUGUGAAAGCCGUAAUUUAAAUUUGAUCCAUUUUAUUUCAAUUUAGUUAUUAAUUUAUAAAGUAACUAACUGAACAUUUGUAUUAUUUUUCUUAAAGGAAUAAAAAGCGUGAGCUGUAGAAAAUAAAUACUUUUUUUUAAAUUUAUUCUUUUAUUUGUCAAUUUUAUUUAAAACUAGAUAACAUUAUUAUAAUACUUUUGAUGGCGUCUGUGAAAUUUUUUCACUAUAGCUACUUUUGAAUUUGGAAAAUGUAUCACAAUUUUAAUUUAAUAGAAAUGAUUACAGCAUAAAUCUAUAAAAAUAUGGUUAUUUUUUAUCACUAUCUACAAUUAAAUUUUUGCAGACAUAUCAUGCAAGAUGGUUUAUAUCUUUAUGUUUUAGAAGUAGAACAAGCUUAGAAAAAAUAAGAAUGAUAUAGGCACAUGCAAACAAAGAACUGAAAUAAAAACAAUAUAAAAAUAAACAGAAAACAUAAAUAAUGAAAAACAGUAAAACUAAAAUAUUGAAAAAGGAAUAAAUGAAUAUGAUUAUAGAAAAGAACUAAGAAAAGCUGAAAAAAUAUAAAUAAAGAAAAAUAAACAUAGGAAGUGAGAAAUGCAAAAUGAAAAAAUUGCUUGAAGAAAAGAAAAAAAUUACGACAUAAAAUGUAUAAACCAUUUGCCAAUCUCAGUCCCAAAACAUCCUUAAGUAUAAAUGAAAAUUACAAACGACUCAUAAAAUGACACAAAAAUAACAAUAAACACUAUACAUUUUCAUAACAACUAAUUUUUUUCGUCCACAGGUCUAAUGUAUACAGGAGACCGUUUCUGAAUCGAAUUCGUUUCAAUUUCGGGCGCUUUCGUGGUUUUCUCGAAACGCUUCGAAACAAAAUCUCUCAUUUUUUUUAUGGCCGGCCUGGAUCCCUGGAUCAGGUUGUUCAUGGCUGUCAGAGUUUUGAUUGGGAU